UAUCCCCCGUCACCUACAUCCAUUAAUGCAGAAAUCCCUCCGGGUGGCCAAACAGGUGGGGUUCGGUUAUUUAAUCAACUGUGCAGUCACCGUUUUCCUCCAAAGUACCAUUCCCUUACUCACGGACAAAAACCUCCCGAUUCCCUUCUCUUUGUUCGACUUGGGACGACUCCACGCCGCCAUUUACUUCCUCCAAAUUUGGGGGAUGUCCCACUCGGCGGCCACCAAUAGCGCCCUGGACUUUCUGGCGUAUAAUUUCAUGUGCAUCAUCAACGGCCAGGCCAAAGUCUUGAACGAGAAGAUCAGGACGUCCGGGAAUCUGCAGAACGAAGAGGAUCUGAUCGAACAUUUGAACAAUUGCGUGUAUCAUCACAACAAGGUUAUCACGCUUGUCCAGAAGGUGGAAAAUGUUUUUUCCAUGAUUCUACUGAUCCAGUACCUGGCCAGCAUCGUGGCGAUUUGCAAUAUUGGUUUUCAGUUAGUUAAUGUUAAAAUUUUCAGUUUUCAAUUUUUCUCUAUGUUAUUGUUCUUAUUGGCCAUGAUGUGUCAGUUGGGGGUCUACUGCUGGUUCGGCAACGAGAUCAUCUUAAAUAGUGCGGCAAUCCGUAAGGCGUGUUACGACUCCGACUGGGUCGACUACAGCGUGCGAGUGAGGAAAAUUCUGUUUAUUAUCAUGGAACGCGGUAAAAGGCCACUUUACCUCACCGCCGGCAAGUUUUCCAUUUUAUCACUGGCCUCCUUUACGUCUGUGAUUAAUUCGGCCUAUUCCUUCUUUACUUUGAUGCAACGGAUGUAUCAGCCGUCUGAAUAUGAAAUAUAAACUCACCUUUAAGCCUAUUGACACUCAAAGCAUUACUUAUUCUUGUCACGGACAUAGAAGAAAUUCGCAGAUACGGACUCUAAACCGUGAAAACUUAUUAAACAAGUAGAAAUCACCAUAAGACAGAACUAGCAAUAAGAACUUCUUUCUCUCUAAUCGCUUUUGCCAUUCCAAGGCAUAAUUUGUCUUUAAUAAAAUAUUACUGCACCAU